GGAUUGAAGGGUCUGUUUUUGUGCGGUAUGACUCUAUGAAAGGAUUUACAAACAGGAAAAGUUAUAAAAGAAAGAACCAUCUUCCAGCUGCUCUCCUGUAUAUUUUGAUCACUGAAGAAUUCAGUAUUACAGCUGUGUGUGUGCUCUGUGUUCAACAAGCAAAAUAGCAGAUGAUCUAAUGGGCAAAAUGUCUUUGAGUUAUGGCACAGAAGCAAACAUUGGAGUGUAGUUGCUUUAAAUUCUUGUUGCAAUCUUUCUUUGUUCAUCAGGGAAUUGCGAUAUUGUUUAAAACCAACCAAAGCCAAACUUUGUACAUCUUGCAAAGCCAUCAACUUUAAAGUUGCUGCAUUGUUUUCUAUGAUUAAACAGAUUGCAGAAAACAAAGAAUUAAUAAGAGGUGAAGUGUAAGGUAGUGAAUUGCUGGAAACAAAUCCAGUUGUAACCUAAUCUCAGGGCUUGAAGUGAUCUCUUAUGGGUUGGUUAUGAUAAGAUUCAAUUCAAAAGUAAUAUGUUGUUGGCACAAGCAUUCUGAUCAAAUUGAAUAGCAUCCUCUUAAAGAGCUGAGAUGCUGAAUGGUUUAAAUCUGUGUUACAGGGUUUCAUGAAAUUCAAUUUUGUUCACCAUCUUUCCAGUGUUCACUCUGAAUCAAUGCGGCCUUUGUUGUUAUGUCUUAGACAGGAAGGAUCAUCUCACCAUUUCUUUCAAAGAGCAAACUUGAUGGAAAAAUAUUAAACGACAUUUCAAAAUAAUACAUCAGUUUACAAAGUACCAAGAAUUAAAUAGAUCUUUGUGACCAGAGCAGGCAAGAAAUAUCAAUCAAUCCUUGAAUUAAAAAAAAUUAAUUUUAACUGUCAUCAGCCGGGUCAAUUUCCUUAUUAACAAAAAAGUUGUUUGGAGAAGUACAUUUUAAGGAUGCUAUACAUGGUAACUUGCUGCAAUCAUGGCCAACUUUGGAUUCAGAAUUUCGAUUUGAAAAGAGAAGUCACUCAAACCUAGACUUGGAGCAUGACUGAUUCCUGGGAUGAGGGGGUUUUCUUGAGAGCAAGGGUUGGACUUGUAUCCGUUGAAAUUUAGAAUAAUAAAAAGUGAAUCUUACUUUAUCAUUUAAUAUGCCUAAGGAUCUUGACAGGGUGAGUGACAGGAUGUUUUCUCUCUGGGCUAUCCUAAAAUGAUAGGACAUUGUUCUCUACUUGAGUCAAAGCUCAGCAUGGUUAUGCUGUGGAAUUAUCUUACCCAGAGAGUAGUGGAGGUGUUGAUUGUUGAAAUAAUUUUAAAGCUGAUUUAGAUUCUUGAACUAAUAAGGGAAUCAGAGGUUAGGGGAUUAGACAGGAGAGUUUACCUCAUCCAUGAUCUUAUCAAAUGGAAGAGCAGGUUGGAGCGAGUGAGUCAUAUACAUCUUAUUUGGAAUACACUGAGAAAUUUGACAACCGUAUUUCUUUUUUUCAAAUUGGUGGAACUUCCCCCUCAUUAGCUGUGGUGAUCUCGACUGUAGAGACAGAAGUGAAACUGAAAGUUCUGGGAGUUACUGGAAAUUGAAAGAGUGACAACUCCACAAACAUCUAGCAUUUCAAACUCUGCAGCACCGACAGAGGAUGGAAAUCAUUAUUUAUGAAACGACUCUCAGAAAAUUUCAGUUUGUCACAGCGGCGAAUUUGGAGACAGGAGAUCAUAAAACAUCCUGUGGCCAUGUGAUAAAAUCCAGUGGUCUGAAGGAAUGGUGCAAGGCACUUCUAGAUGAGGGUGGCUUCACAUUUAAUUGCCCUAAGUGUGCAAAGGAGUGGCCUUGGCAGGAAGUACGGAAAAUUGCGCAGUUGACCCAGGAUGAAUGUAAGUCGUAUGAGGAGCAGCUUAACAGGAUAAUGAAACCCAAAGCAGAGUGGUACAAAAAGUGUCCAAACUGUCGUCUCUACGUACAGAGGAUGGAUCCGGAGAAGCUGUGUGUACAGUGCCUGCCUUGCUCAGAGAAAUCAAACAAAACCUUUCAGUUUUGCUGGGGCUGUCUGAGAGAGUGGAAGAACCGUGAUGCGCAGAGUAAUAGCUGUGGUAAUACAUCCUGCAGUCUGACAGCUCUGCUUCUGAGCUGCGAUACAAUCGAUGACCAGGCCAGCCCAGUGUAUGGGUGUCCCAGAAUCCGGGCUUGCCCCAGCUGUGAGGCAUUAACGCAACACUCUGGGACAGGCUGCCCAGGUGUCUCAUGUCCCAGUUGCCACUGUCAGUUUUGUUUCCGGUGCCUUGAGUCAUUUGAACACCAUAGAGGAAGACAAGCUGGCUCAAUGCGUUGCUGUAUUGUUGAAAGGCAAAGACUCACUGGCCAAGAUGUCGACAGUAAACACAUGCCAGUGUGUGAUGAGGAUGAAUUGAUAACUCAGUAUUUAUUAGAGAUGGCCUUUGACAGGGAGCGGCAAAGGCACAGCCAGGCAAGAAAUGUACACUUACAGCAACAGGGAAACCAACUGCCUGGGGGCCCCUGUGUAAUUUUCUGACCUGCAUUAGGGAAAGUCCUGUUUAAUAGCCCACUGAUACAAAAUGGAAGCUUCAUUUGAUGUAAUGUCUUUAUUCUCUGCUGCCUUCUAAUAGCAGAUUUUUUUAAUAUACACUCUCUCUCCCCAGGCUCAAAGCAGCAGUUCUCCCACUGCGCUUUGCUAAGUGAUCAUUCCCCUAUGAUAAGCUUGGACAGUAAAAAGGAAGCUGAUGUUGCUCUCAAUCACCCAUCACAGGGUAUCCAGAAAUACUGAAAUUCUAGCAGGCAGCUUUGCCCAUUGGGGUCUCAGUAACUAGUGAGGAAUUAACUUACUCCUUACAUUGGACCUUGGAUGUUUGCAACAACAAGGUAACCCCAUGUCCAUGCUGCAAUGAUAUCGUUCCUUCUGAAAGCUGAAGUCCUACCUCCAGGAUUAAUUUAGGAUCUGUGUUGGCAUGGAUGAGGUGCAUCCAAGGAACUGUUUCCAUGCUGCACGUCUCUAUAUCUUACUAUUCACUAUGGGGAUCAGCCGUUCCUACUAAAGUUUCCUAUAUCUGACAGCUGGUAAGCCACUGUUCAGUGCUGAGAGAUAUAUCUUCCAGGCUAAAGAAUGGUGUCACUACACUGAUGUGUUUUCUAGUGAGAUUCUCACUUCAUGAGGAAUUUCACUCCCUCUUGUGGAUAGUUCAGCUUAUCCCAAUUCCCUGCUGAAGGUAUAAGCACCAUCUGAUCAGGUUGUGCAUUUCAAAACACAUGCAGGCACUGUAUAAAAACCAGUUGUCCUCCUGUCAUUUCUGUAUCUUUAGUCUCUGUUCUGGUCAGUGACCCCUUGUCAUAACAGACAGGUGUUUAGAGAAUACAGCUUUGUCCUGGUGACUAUGUAGACCUGACUAACCUCCGCUCAUCGGUUCAUGUAUUAAAAAAAACCCAUAGGAUUCUUCCAGCUACACAAAACAUUCCUCCUUCAAUUCCUCUGAAUUCUAGACUGUAACCUCUUCAAAUCUGUCUUUCUGAACUCAUCCUUGCUUUACAGUACAAUUUCAAUAUAGACCCGAUUAAUAUUCCUGAAUCUCCUGUAGCAUCUUCUGGUUCAUUGAAGUGAAUUUGAAGCACUCAUUCACUGUCAUUUACAUCAGUUGGUAUUACCUCAGUCUCAGUAUCUAAUGCUAUAGAGUCAUACAGCACAGAAAGAGGUACUUCAGACUAUCAUGUCUCUACUGACCAACAAAUACCAGAUUACACGAAUCCCAUUUACCUUCAUUCCCUCGUUUGAAAACCCCAAUAUUUUACUACUAUGAACAAAUUGAAAGGUUAUAUUGGUCAGUCAUGAUGAUGACACCCUGCUAUUUCUCACUUGCCUACUAAUCACCCUUUCGCAAUCUCCAUGACUUACAUUAAUCAUUUUUCCAGAUUUUCUUUUUGAACAUUGCAAUACAACAUCAACCGGCUCAAGACCCAGCCAAGGAAAUUCUGAGGUAAAGGAGAGGGGUAAAAUAACAGGGAGAUCAAUUUAUUUUAAACUUGUUCAGUAGAUUUCUCCAUAGCUCCUGAAUUUUGUUUGUCAUUGAACUAACUGGGAUAGAUUUCGGGGCUUUUCCCUCACCCUUUCUGCAGUAAACGUCACAGCACUUUGCUGUAGGACCACAAAUAACCAUCAAGGACUACCUUUGGACAGAAAACUCCAGCAGCAGCAGCAGGAGAACCACAUAGGUAGAGUCAUAGAGAUGUACAGCAUGGAAACAGACCAUUUGGUCC